AUGAGUGUUUCUUCUGGCAAAGGGGGCUCGAGUGGAAGCUCUUCAAUUGGUGGUAUAUCCUUUGCAAGGAAUGGUGGUCGAAGGUGUAAAUGUGGGAGGCCAACUAUUGUGUAUACCUCCACGACUGGCAGAAACCCAAACAGAGCAUUCUUUGGGUGCUCAAAUUUCAAGGAGAAGAAGUCAUAUUGUGGUUUUUUUAGAUGGGUGGAUGAUGUAUGUAACGAAAGGAUGGAGCUGGAAGAAGGAAGAAUAAACAAGGUGGAGUUGGAUGUAGCUGAGAUGGAAUUCAAGUUGAAGUAUGUGGACAUGAAGCUGAAUAAGUAA